AUGUCUCAAAACACAACCUCAAGCACCUUGGAGGCUCCAGUGGAGAUUGUGCCAUCGACUCCAGUUCGUCGUGCUACUCUUUCCCCUUCGCCAGAUCUCAGCACCCAGCGCACAUCAUCCCAAGCGGAUAAGAAGUUCCUCUCACCCCCGCCAGUGUCGUCAUCAGAUAUGACUCCCCCACCAUCAACUCAAAUCCCUGGGGCUCCGCUUCGAUCUCGCUCACACUCCCGUUCAUUGAGUCCCACGCGGGUGACGCAAGCCGAACUGGACAAGUCUUUGUGCGAUGCGUAUGGGGCCUCCGAGAACCUGCCAACCGCUGAACAAAUCGACAGCGCUAGCGAAUCUCAGCUGCGCGUUAUUGCUAAAGAGCUUCUCGCCGUUGCUCGAGAAUCGCGUAUGUCUGCCUUGCACUUCAAACUCCAGAACAGCUUGGUCUCUUUCGCAAGUAACGAAGCUGUGAAGCGCGCCGAGGUUGAGCAUCAACUCGCCAAGCGUGAAGUCGAGAUUAUUCAGAGCGCAGAGUAUCGCAGUCGCUCACAUCCUGUGGACCCCACCACCCCAAAGCAGCCUCAGUCUACCUUGCAUCCUGAUUAUCUCUCGGUUGUCCAGCGCUCGCAAGAACUGGAACAACUCAACUCGGUUCUAGAUAAAAGACUUCGAAAAGCCAAGCGAGCGAUUGAUGAUGCUACCAGUCGAUCGAUGGACCUUGAGGAGCAGAACCUCAUGCUAAGGCAACGUAUUGGCGACAACCGAAAGCACUUUACACAGAUCUUCAGCUACGGCACUAUGUCGCCGGGUACCCAGAAUGAGAUUCACAACAUGUGCCACGGUGAACAUACUGAUGGCCUCGCCGCGCUUCUUUAUGCCGACAAACUCACCAACCAAACGCAUGCUUACGGUGCCCACUCUGCAACCUCCGUUCCAGUGACUCCAAACCAGCCCAAGAACCACUACCUCUCGUCAAUUGGACAGCCAAAGGAUGACCACUACGACAGCGAUAGCACUGUCUCUCUCUCUGCAUCCGAGGUGGUGGAAGAGAGAAUUCCCUCCCCGCAACACAUGCGCUCCACUGUUCCCAAGAGUAGCACCCUGCUUCAGACUAAGUUGUUCGGUCAGGUGCAAAAGCCUGGCGUCGAGCGAUCUCGCGCUGGCAAGCGCAAGGCAGCCAAUGAAGACAACGGUGCCACCGCGAAAAAGUCCCGGACCGGUGAUGGUAUCGGCCUGGGCAUCAAUGCUUAG